GUUGGUCUUCGGCAGCUAGAUAUGUCGUUACUGUGUCAGCUGUACUCCCUGUAUGAAUCAAUUCAAGAAUAUAAAGGUGCCUGCCAAGCUGACUCUAAUGCGGACUGCACAUACGCUCUGGAAAAUGGAUUUUUUGAUGAAGAGGAGGAGUACUUCUAGAAGCAGGAAGAUUCACCUCCAGGCCGACCGAGGUUCUUCUGUCCUUCUCUCCGUGUAACACACCUCAGCAAGAACGACUGGAAUCUGUAUGGAUCUGCGAGGAGGAACAUGCAGCUACCCUGA